AUGGUCAAGACGAGUAUCCUCGGAUACUACUUGCUUUCAUCUGCCUCGGCAGGUUACGUUGUGGGGGAUGUCUGGUCGACUUUAACACCAGAUGCCUCCGCCUAUACUGACGCGACUACUGACUACACACAGACUUUUGGAAUUGCGAUUGAGCCUGUGACUUCUUCGGUAGUAUUAACCAGUGCCAGUUCUGGUGUUGCUAUUAGUACUACCGUGGACGGAACGGCUCAAGUGAUUACACAAAUUGGAGAUGGACAGAUCCAGGCUGCUACCACCACUUCGUCCUACGCAGUGGUGACACAGAUUGGUGAUGGCCAGAUCCAGGCUGUUGCGACCGCUACUUCGUCGGCUCCUAUCAUCUCUCAGAUUGGUGACGGACAAAUUCAAGCCACUGCUUCGUCUUUGUCCUCGUCUUUGUCGUCUUCCGUGGUGACUUCGGCGGUAUCCAGUUCUGAUGAUGAUCCCAUCACCUUUGUCACCGUUACCCCAACCACGUUGGUUUACGUGACAGUGACCGAUGGUGAUGAUGAGCCAACCUCCACGGCAGCUGUGGAAAAGAGAGAGGAAGAGUCAAGGGCUUUGGCAGAUGCCUGUCUUACUGACAGUUCUUUGGCAUUGACCUUGGCUAGUUCUGUCUUGACCGACAAGCAGGGGAGAAUCGGUUCGAUCGUUGCUAACAGACAGUUUCAAUUUGACGGUCCACCACCUCAGGCUGGAGCAAUCUUUGCUGCAGGUUGGUCCGUGACCAUCGAUGGUAAACUGGCUCUUGGUAACCAAACCAUUUUCUACCAGUGUUUGUCCGGUACUUUCUACAACUUGUACGACGAGUAUGUGGCCGAACAGUGCGAAGCAGUCUACUUGAACAUUGUAGACUUAGUGAGCUGUUAG